AUGGGGAGGGCUUCCCCCUCUGCUUCAUUCUCCACCUGCUGCUUCAAGAAAAACUCCCCAGGCCCCAGCCCUGGCACUCCUCUCACAGAGUCUCUGCUCCCUACAGGAAGAGGAGACACUUUCACCAUCAAUUGCUCAGGGUUUGACAAGUAUGGGGUGGAUCCUGCUGCCUUCCAAGCAGUGUUUGACAGAAAAGCCUUCCGUCCAGUCAUCAACAAGAGCAACCCCACUCAUGUGAACAUCUCCUUCACCCUGUCUGCCAUCCUGGAAGUGAAUGCACAGCUUCAACUGAUGACAUCAUUCCUGUGGCUGAAUUUGAUCUGGUACAAUCCAUUCAUCAGGUGGAAUCCAGAGGAAUGUGGGGGCAUCAGAAAGCUCAGCAUAGCAACUGAUAACCUAUGGAUUCCAGAUAUUUUCAUCAAGGAGUUCAUGGAUAUAGAUCAGACGCCUACAGGACUCAUGGCUUAUGUCACCAGUGAAGGAUACAUCAGAUAUGAUAAGCCAAUGAAGGUGACCAGCAUCUGUAACCUGGACAUCUUCUAUUUCCCCUUCGAUGAACAAAACUGCACCCUCACCUUCAGCUCUUUCAUCUACACAGUAGAGACAUUGGUCCUGGGCCUGAUGAAGGAAGUGCAGGAGAUUUCGAACACAUCACAGAACGUCAUGCAGAACAAGGGGGAAUGGACACUUCUGGAUAUCCACCAGAGAAAAGUGAAGAUGACUAUGGGCACCAACCAGUAUGACGAAAUCAUUUUCUAUGUGGCCAUCAGGCGCAGGCCCAACCUCUAUGUCAUAAACCUUCUGGUGCCCAGUAGCUUUCUGAUUGUCAUCGAUUCCCUCAGCUUUUACCUGCCAGCAGAGAGUGAGAUCCGCCCCCCAUUCAAGAUGACACUUCUGCUGGGCUACAAUGUCUUCCUGCUCAUGAUGAGUAACUUACUCCCGGACACUGGCACCCCUCUUAUCAGUGUCUACUUUGCCCUGUGUCUGUCCCUGAUGGUGCUCAGCCUGCUGGAGAGCAUCUUCAUCACCUACCUGCUGCACCUGGUCACCACUCAGCCCCCACCGAUGCCCCGGUGGCUCCAUUCCCUGCUUCUGCACUGUACCAGCCCAAGGAAAUGCUGUCCCAUUGCCCCCCAGAAGGGAACCAAGGGCCUGGGUCUCACCCCUGCCCACCUGCCUGGUCUGAAGGAACCCAUGGAGCUGGUGGGGAAAGUGCCAGGUCCCCAAGAGGCAGAGUUAAAUGGGUUCCCUGACUCAACAAGGACCUGGCAGGAAGAUGAGGCUCGGAAGCAGCACUUGGUCAGCCUGUGGGUGCAGUUCAGCCACAUGAUGGACACCCUGCUGUUCCGCCUCUACCUGCUCUUCACAGCCACCUCCAUCAUCACGGUCAUUGUUCUCUGGAGCAUUUAA